AUGUCUAAACAAUUAAAUCUAUUUUGGUAUAGUUUUGGAAUAUUUUUACUCCUACAAGAUAAUUGGUCAGGAAUUGAGGUAAGUAGCCCAAAAUUCAUCAUUUUGAAAGUCGUAAUAUUUUUUAUGGCUUGUUUUAUGUACAAUCAGACAAUUUCGGUUGGCCUAAUGCAAGUAAAAUGUGAAAGAAAUUUAAAAUAUUUCACAACUUUUAAUGUGACCAUUGCGAAUAACACCAUCUCAGCUGAUAUGGAAUUAAUUGAAAUAUUAAAAAAUGGUUUUCGUGCCCACUUGGAUAUCCAGUUGCGUCUAUCGAAUGGCAAUAAAUUUCAAAGCCUUCUACAGAAUGAUGCCGAUUUCUGUCAAAUGCUUUCAGCUGUUAAGGAUUCCCUUUUCAAACGUUGGUACAAAAGCAUCUUGAAGAAUAGCAAUUUUAUGGAGAACUGUCCUAUACCAAUUGGUCACUACUAUUUGAAGGCUUAUCAUUUUGAUAUGAGUUUAAUACCCUCAUAUUUGCUAAAUGGUGACUAUCGCAUACAUGGCUUGGGCUAUUAUGGUAAAUAUCGCACCAAGCGACAAAUUGUAAUUCUUGAAUGUGUUAUGGAUGGUACAAUGAAAAAAAAUUGA